UAUCUCACACUCAUGAAGCGAUCAGUAUCCGUUCACCCAAUCCUUGGACACACCAAAUAGAACCAGUAACUGCGAAGUUCUGGCAGCACCAACUACUUCAUUUAAUUUCUGAGACUACACAGGCUGUGUCUGUGCAGAACGGAUUGUACCUAGACUUGUAUCAACGCGACAUAACUGGCUGUUCCGCAAACGGUGAAUGGGGCAUCCCUUAAGAACGACGUGACUGGCAGAAGCGAGGAACGAAAAGAGGGAACAGUUUUGUUACUUGCCACUUCGCCCGCAAUCGGAAUGUUGACAUUUGAUGUCAACGUCAUCUUCUUGUGCAGACCUUUCAUGGUUGACGCAACUGCGAGAUUGCAUUGGUGGCACUGAGGGAAUCAUCGUUGGGAUGUGGCUGAACUUUCUGCAGCUUGGCUUGUCCACCGGAGCACUCACGUGCCUUUCACGCUUCACUAGAAAACGUGCCAACCAAGACUGCAGCUUAUCUUGAGUUGAUGUAAGCGAGCGAACACAGAAUUAUCAUGAAAUGAGUUGAGGCAUCAGAGUUAAGGUAAAGCGUACGUUCAGCAGCCCGCACCUACAGAGUGUCUGUGUGACGAACGUCACUGGCGUGUCAGUUUGCUCGGCGUGCCAGAUCCAUUGACGACGGCUACGUUUCUCAGAAAGCUGGGAUAUCUUUCCUUCUCGUAACGGGCCAUCUGCCGGUGACUGCAGACCAUACAAUCUGAACAGUUUUCCUUCGUCUGUGCGACUUAGAAGGUUUCUAUCUGUGGCUGAAAUUCGUAGAAUCAAGAAGGUACUCGCUUACUUGUAGGACAAACCAGGCGUGCGGCCAACUGAUCUGAACGAGACGUCGGCCGCCACAGCUAGUUGCGACGACGUGAGGGGCGCUGGAUGGAUGGUUUGUUUCCGUACAUGGGACUAUCUGUGGAGUACUGGAGUCUCUGUUGCAGUUCAUUCUUGUUUUUCAAAUUAUAAGAAGGUAAUUGUGGUAGCUUAUGAACAACGUCUUUUCGCUUCUCUUGGCUUAAAGGUGUCUCGAAGGUUUCCGUGGGGGUGCCGUUGCCGUUGCGACCAGCGUAAAGCGAGAAAGUAACGCUUGGGUUUGUUCUGAUACUUCAAAGUUGAAAAUCUCAACGUUCCUUAUAAUGGAUGCUGCCUGUCUCUUGCAGUUCUCAGUCUGUGGCCAGAAUGCCGCUCGAAGUAUUGGGGCCUCUCGCAGUCUUGACCGCGGGCAUGAAGGCGCUCCCAGGUGCAGCGCUGCUGAAGACUAGCGGCGCUGCGGUUGCGGCGAAGGGAACAGGGAUUUUUGCUGCUAAAAACAAAGCCGUCUUCGCGGCCACCCAUCCAGGCACCAGUUCUGGAACCUCGGCCAGCCAUGAAGCUUUGGAAAAAGCAAAAACUGAGCUUCAGAAGGCUGCUAGUGAUAUUGAGGAGGCGGAGAAUACGACCAAGAGCAUGAUGCCCCUUGGCCUUUUAACGGCAUUUGGUUUCGGUGGAAAACAAGAUGAUACAGUUGCUGCUCUUCGCCGUGCAAGAGCCAGGUCACACCACGGUGAUGACCGCCGUGUUCGUCUUUCCACUGUGCCGGACAGAUGCAGCAGCUAUGGCGAUUUUCUGUGAGGGCUGUGAAAACAAGAAACGGAAUGCCUAGCGUUGAACAUGCAGAUGACAAAAUCGUAAUCAUUCAGAUUAAACAUCGUAAUCCUUCAGAUUAAGUGACAGGCAACUCUUCGGAAAUGCGCCAGUGUUUCGGCGUAGUGGCAGCGCGAACCGAUGCCUGUCGGCUAUCGAGUGUACAAGAGAUGGAUAUAUCGCUACCUGAAGCUAGAAUUCAGUUGUAUUAUCUGUGGAAGAUGGUCAGUUGGAAGUUCAGGCUUGCUCAUUUUGCCCUCUUGUCCGUGUGGAUGAACAGACACUGGUUCUUCAUCUACAAACCUGAAGCGCAACACGCUAUUGUUGCAGCGGUGUAUACGGUUGGUGCGUCCG